UGGCUUAUCCUCACCCCGUACAUCUCGUACAGCCCCCAACUAACCCCCCGACUCAUCGGCGACCCAGUCUUGUGUGUUGUCCUCGAUCUCACCUCUCCUGACCUGUGCGCAGAAAAGAGGAGCAAUUUCAGUGGAGACCACCUGUUAUAAGGAGUAGCUCACAAGCUUUUACCACCAGGUGUACUUACCGCCCAUCUCUUCGACUCCAUCAAGAAGUCUAACCACGCUUUUGGAGGCUCGUUUUACCGCGCCUUUGCUGAUUCCACGCACUACUCUCCACUAUCCCAUCAACGCUCUUACACACCGGUUGCUAGCGUUUUGAACAGCCAUCAGCGCCAUUAGCAAUUCGACAGCUCGUCAGGUGCUACGACGUCAGUUUGCAUAGCACUCGUUACAAAAGCCUCCCGCUCAGUUAGGCUUUGCGUCCCCCUCCCGACACUCCCACUCUAACGCCCUAUCUACGACACGACCUCAUUCACGACCACAUUCACGCCCAAACGAUGCCUCGCCGACCAUCACACCAACCUUCGAUGCCUGCCAUGCAGCAAUCCUUAUACUUCCCUGUCGAUAUAUCAGAGAUGCCCGCUAGCACUCGCACAUCAUUCACCCGAGUCGAUCACGAUCGUCCGGGCACUUCUGGUGGACCACCUGUCGUGCCACCUCUUCCCGACUUGAACCUCCUCGACGGCCGAUUCGAUGGGCAUCGGAGGAUAUUUUAUGAUUAUUUGAGAGACGGAGCUAGGCCGGUGACCGCGGAGGGUGAUGCCCCACCCGGGGAGUAUCGAAUGCGAAGGGAGGUUGUGGAUGACUACAUCGUGGCUGGUGAUGCGGACACAGAGGAAGGCGUGGAGGUGCAUGGUGGUCAGGAGCGUAAUUGGGAUCACCAUUCGCCAGUGGAUACCCCGCAGCCAGGCAGCCGACUCGCAGCCGAGCCCACUUCCCCGAACCGGCCUUCACAAGACGGUGCAAACAGUCAAAACUCGUCACAGUCCGGUUCAUCUCCGGAGCUGCCUUCACAAAUAUCGUUGACAAUUCUGCUUGUCGAUGGCAAACGAAAAGUCAUGAUAUUCGACUCGCGUACAACAGUUGGACGGGUGAAGGAGUUGGUAUGGAACACAUGGCCAAAUGACUGGCAAGAGCAACCACGACCAGCUGGUCCCGCAUAUCUUCGUCUACUUCAUCUCGGAAGAGUCCUCGUAGAUGAGGAUACGCUCGAUCAACUCUCAAUACCACGUCCCGCAUUUCGUCCGGACGAUCCGAAUCCUCCAGUCGCAAGUGCCGUUGUCCAUCUCUCCAUUCGGUCAUACGUACCACCUGUCAAGGGAUCCAAAAGGCGCAUUGGGCUAUUCAAGGCGCUGGGGACGGGUUGCUGCUGCGUGCAAUAAGCCGCUGAUCUAUUUUUCUUCUAUGUCUCGCUCUCGCGGGAUUGCUUCAUGUUUGUUGGGAUGCCUGAUUUCUGUUUUCGUGUGUGGUUACUCUGCUGCUUGAUUUUUUUUUCUCGUGAGGAUAGCUUUCAUUCUGCUGUGUAUUUCUGUUCUCGCGCGUCAAGUCCUUGGGUCGAGCUGGCCCAUGGGCCAUACCCCAUUCACCACGCGCCACUGUCACUCGUUCCUGCUGUACGGGGCUUUACCCCAUGACUACCCAUAUCACCCUCCUUGGAUCCUUUCUCACCCGCCUCUCUCACCUUCAUCGCAGUAUUAUUCAUCCCGAGCGCCGCCCCUUUACUCUGUACUAUACACGUCGCCGUCCUCACUCCGCGGAUAUCAUCUUUUCUCCGAUUCCUGCUUUUUUACUUACAUAUAUUGUAUACCUUAAUUAUUGACGAGUUCCAUAGUCGUCGCUUCAUCUAUUCAUGUACAUGAUUGGCACGGCUAUCCGUGCUUUCAACCCUCCACUUGCACUUCGUCGUCCCCGGAUAGCCCCUCACUUUCCAGUACUUACCACUGUUGCAUGCGCCACAUUUGUUGCCUGUCCGCUUUUUCUGUAUAUUCACAUACUUUGUAUAUCACAUGCGUAUCGUACCUAGCUGAGAUCUGAGAUUCAUAGGGAUCAUGUUCAUCACCG